GGCCAGAGAGCAAAAAAAAAAAAGAAAAGGAAAACGGAAAAUAUCGUUAUUCCAGCAGCUGUCCUCAGGCCACCACAGUGGUUUCCGGAACUGUUCCAGCACCAAGGCCCCUGGCCCACACGUACCCAGCCCACCGCCCACCGCCCAAAGCCCAACCGCCUACGUCAGAGCCACAACAGCCACACAGCUAGAGGCCAACGCAACAGUCACAUCAGUCAGCAUCUUCGCGACCAUGGAGCAGCUGUGCUACCUGGCCCUGGGCUGCCUCCUGGUAAUCGUGUUCCUCUACGGACUCCUCGAGCUGCACUACUUCCUGCGCAUGUGCAUUUGCAUGGUUCUGGCGCGAUUCGUGAAGCGGCGCUGCCACAUACUGGACGCCACAACGGUGAACGGUCUGUGCCUCACCAACGAUGUGGACACGCUGCUGUAUCACAUGAACAAUGCCCGCUACUUCCGGGAGCUGGACUUUGCCCGCGUCGACUUCUACGAGCGGAGCAAUCUGUACCGCACCAUCAGGGGCAUGGGCGGAUCCGUGUUCCAGGGCGCUGCCACCAUACGCUAUCGCCGCUUCAUCCGGCCCUUUCAUCGCUUCAACAUUAUCUCCAGGAUCGUGUACUGGGACGAGCAGUCGCUGUUCAUGGAGCAUCGCUUUGUGCGGCCCUCGGAUAAGUUUGUGCACUGCAUAGCCAUUUGUCGGCAGCGCGUCAUUGACGUGUCCAUGGAGGCGGUGAUGGCCGAGCUGCUGCCACGAACGGCCUCCGACCAGUACCGGCCAAUGGAGCGGCAAGUGGUGGCCGGCUCGGAGGCUGGCCUGCAGCCCAUGAGCGUAACCGGCGGCAUCAGUAAUCCAGCGAUGGAUCAAUCCUCUCUGGCCGAGAAUGGACACGCAGCAGCAGCAGUGCCAGCGACAGCGCCCGCGACAGCCCCAACGACAGCACUGGGGCACUGUGCCAAGCUGAAGCCACCCCUGCCACCGGAGCUGUCCAAGUGGAUCGAGUACAAUGACAUGUCCAGCAAGAAUCUGCGCAGCGGCUGCUGACGGGAGCUGCCAAACUGGAGCUCGUCACUUCUCCCGACACAUUUCUAAAGAACAAAAACAAACUGUGCUACUCGUACUAUGUAUACAUGUUUAAGUGGUCCCAGUGACCCUAGGCGUAAGUGUCCGCCCCUAAACCCUAGCUUUAUCUAAUGUAUGAUGAUGAUCAGCAUUCAUG